UUCACAAUCCCCUCUCCAAAAGAAUCGUCGAGUUUUUCACUCACCUCGUCUCCUCCUCCUCCCCCUCCCAAAGGCAUGGGCAGCUGUCACUCGUGCGAGUCGACCUCCGUCGCGACUGCCAAGCUCAUCCUCCAAGACGGCAAGCUGCAGGAGUUCUCCUACCCGGUGAAGGCCUCGCACGUGCUGCAGACGGAUCCCACGUGCUUCAUCUGCAACUCCGACGAGAUGGAGUUCGACGACCUCCUGCCGGCGAUCAAUGCCGACGAGGAAUUGCAGCCAGGCCAGCUCUACUUCGCGCUGCCGCUGAGCCGGCUGCGCCACCCGCUGCAGGCGGAGGAGAUGGCUGCAUUGGCGGUGAAGGCGAGCGCCGCGCUGAGGAAGAGCUGCGGGGACAGAUGCGGGUGCCGGAGGAGGCGGGCGGUGGCGCCGGUAGUUUUCCGGCGGGAGGAGGGUUGUGGGGCCCGCCGUGGGGUGGCGGAGGAGAAGAAGAGGGUGGGUAGGGGCAGUGGUCGUAAUUUCGCGUCGAAGUUGAAUGCGAUUCCCGAAUAGAGGAGGGGUCAGGAAUAUACAGAAAUGGCGGUGGGGUCCCUUUUUUUUUGUAAAUAUUGGAAUUUUGGGGUCUUAUUAUGUAAUUCUAGGCUCAUGAUUUUAGGUUUUUAGGGUAGAUAAAAGCGAUAGAGUGCAUCCUUUGGGCUGUAGCUCUGCUCUUUUCUGGAAUUUUUGGGACAGCUGUGCCCCUGAGAUGUUCGUGAAACCACGAAUACACCACUGAAUAUAACAAAAUAAGACGAUGAAAACGCCA